AAACGGCUAAAGGAGGUGGCACACGAAAGCUUUCAAAAUGGCGGAAUCAGUACCAUUUUGCUGGGAAAUUGGACGAUUCACAUGUUAACCGACCCUGAGGAUUGCCAGUACAUCGCGAGCACUCUGAUGGAGAAGGACGUAGUGUACGAAGUCGCCAAACCGUGGCUCGGACAGGGGCUCGUCACUGCUUCUUCACACGUCUGGCGAAGACAUCGGAAACUGGUGAAUCCAGCCUUCAGUCAACCAGUACUGGACGGCUACCUGAGCGUGUUCAACGAACAAUCCAGAAGGCUGGUGCAGGCUCUCGCUGCCAAAUCCGACACUGGCUGCUUUGACCACGCGCACUACAUGGACGCGACGGCUUUGGACGUUAUCUGCUUAACAGCAAUGGGCUUUGACGACAAAGAUGAUGUAUUGCAGAAUUCUACUUACAACACAGCUGUAAACAAGAUACAUAACACGUUUGUACUGAGAAUUCAGAGUACAUGGAUGCAAAAUGAGUUCCUUUACUACUGGACUGCGUUGAAGAAGAGACAAGAUCGAUUGAUUGAAGUGCUACAUAGCACGUCUAACACGAUGAUACAAAGGAGAAAAUCUGUUUUAAUGAGCAACGAAAAUCUAGAAAAACCACCGCAGAAAAUAGAAAAAAGAUUUAGGUCCUUCUUAGACAUCCUCAUAGAGUCAUCAGCGGAUGGUUCACUAUCUGACACGGAGAUUAGAGAAGAAGUGGACACUAUGGUGUCAGCUGGCUUUGAAACCUCUGCCACUCUAUUGACCUUCGCAUUGGUGGUGAUUGGGUCUUAUCCUGAGGUACAGGAGAAAAUGUAUCAAGAACUAGAAGAAGUAUUCGAAGGAUCAGAUAGAGACGUGCAUAAAUACGACCUCCCCAAGCUGGUAUACAUGGAUGCAGUCUUGAAGGAAACCAUGCGACUCUACCCAGUUAUUCCUAUAAUCGCUCGAUAUGUCGAUAGAGACAUACAAAUUAAAAACUACACCCUUAAGGCCGGCACUUCCUGCUUCUUACACAUAUACGGGGUCCACCGUCAUCCAGUGUGGGGCCCUGAUGCGCAUGAGUUUCGACCGGAGAGAUGGCUCUGUACUGACGAUUUGUCUAAGAGUGCCAACACUUUUGCCAGCUUUGGACUUGGAAAGCGAGCUUGUAUUGGUCAAAAAUUCGCCCUAACAUCAGCGAAGACGACACUCUCCUAUAUUCUUCGAAAUUACAAAAUAACCGGAGACCAUACGAAUAUGACGCUUAGAAUGGAUAUUAUUCUAAAACCCGUAUCCGGACAUCACAUCUCUAUUGAGAGGCGAGAAAGAAAACGAUACUGAUAUUUUUUUACCUGGAUAAAAUUGCUUUUUAGCAUCAAGGACGCCAUUUUAGCGA